AAGAGAACACAUCAACACAGGAAUUCCUCUCCCUCGUAAAUUCUUCCAUCAGUGUCUGCUCUUAGCUCUUGCCGUGAGCUUUUAUGGUUAAUAUCUGACAAGCUUUUAGAAGCAGCAGAGUGCUAGAGAAGACAGAAGGGUACCGGAUAUGAAGAUGGGUGAGAAUACAGCCACAAAGAACCAUCUCCCACCCCAGGCUUUCAGUGUCUCGGUUGACACAGAUCCACAAAGUGACUCCAAGUGGUUUGAUGAUGAUGGGCGUCCCAAACGAACUGGAAAUGUGUGGACUGCUAGUGCUCACGUCAUAACAGCUGUUAUUGGGUCCGGGGUUCUAUCCUUGGCUUGGGCUAUAGGUCAGCUUGGAUGGAUUGCUGGACCAGCUGUGAUGCUUUUGUUCUCUUUUGUCACUUACUAUACUUCCAUUCUGCUCUCUGCCUGCUACCGCUCCGGUGAUCCUGUCAAUGGCAAGAGGAACUACACAUACAUGGAUGCUGUUAGGGCCAACCUUGGUGGUGUGAAGGUCAAAAUAUGUGGAUUUGUUCAGUAUGUGAACCUUUUCGGGGUUGCCAUUGGCUACACAAUUGCAUCUUCUAUAAGCAUGAUGGCAAUAAAGAGGUCUAAUUGUUUCCACCAGAGUGGUGGAAAAGAUCCAUGCCGCAUGAAUGCCAAUCCAUAUAUGAUAGGGUUUGGCAUAGCUGAGAUCCUUCUGUCUCAGAUUCCUGGAUUUGAUCAGUUGCACUGGCUCUCCCUUGUCGCUGCAGUCAUGUCCUUCACUUAUUCAACAAUUGGCCUAGGUCUUGGCAUUGGUAAAGUUAUAGAAAAUAAAAGAGUCAGGGGAAGCCUUACCGGAAUAAGUAUUGGCACUGUGACUCAAACUCAAAAGAUAUGGAGAAGCUUCCAAGCACUUGGUGACGUUGCUUUUGCCUAUUCUUACUCCAUCAUCCUCAUUGAAAUUCAGGACACUGUCAAAGCCCCACCUUCGGAAGCCAAGACAAUGAAGAAAGCAACUCUAAUAAGUGUUGUAGUGACAACGCUUUUCUACAUGUUCUGUGGCUGCUUUGGAUAUGCUGCUUUUGGAGACAUGUCCCCUGGCAACCUCCUCACUGGAUUUGGCUUCUACAAUCCAUAUUGGCUACUUGACAUUGCCAAUACUGCCAUUGUAAUCCACCUUGUAGGUGCAUACCAAGUUUACUGCCAACCCCUCUUUGCUUUUAUUGAAAAAGAAGCGGCCCGAAGAUUCCCAGAUAGUGACUUCGUUACCAAAGAUAUCAAAAUCUCAAUUCCUGGUCUCCGUCCAUUCAAUAUCAACCUCUUCAGAACGGUUUGGAGAACAACUUUUGUGGUUAUUACUACUGUGAUUUCAAUGCUCCUUCCCUUCUUUAAUGACAUUGUUGGUCUCCUUGGGGCUUUUGGAUUUUGGCCAUUGACCGUUUACUUCCCAGUUGAGAUGUAUAUUUCACAAAAGAAGAUACCAAAAUGGAGCACGAGAUGGCUUUGCCUCCAAAUCCUUAGUGUUGCUUGCCUCAUUAUUACUAUAGCUGCUGCCGCUGGCUCUAUUGCUGGAGUCAUUGAUGAUGUCAAGACUAUUAAGCCCUUCAAGACCAGUUACUAGACCAUUAGAAUUUCAUUGGUAUCACAACUGAUGAGCAUAUCACAAGAAGGAGAAGCCUACUUUAGGAUUUUAGUCCCUGCUCAUGUUGAUCGAUCAUCAUAUUUUAAUAUAUUUUCUUGCUGUUUAUUUUAGCAGUUUAAAAACAAAAGCUGGGACCAUGCCUGCAAUGUAAGUGGACAGUAAACGUGUCCCUAGGCACCUAUCCCCGCUCUGUAACUCUCUAUUUUUCACUGCAAAUUGAAAGAACUUCUGCAAAGGAUUACCCUUAUGAUG